UCGUUGCCGGUAGCUUCCAGCAUAUUCUUUGUAGCCUUAACAAAAUAAAAAAAGGCGCAACAGUGGCAUAUUCGUUGAAACAAACAAAACCCAUGUUCUUUCUCCACCGCACGCUUCUAUCUCCUAUAAAACAUCGUCACCCACUCGUUUCUUCAACCUUCUUUCUUCUUUCCCGUUUCCUCUGUUUUUCUUGUUUUCUCUCUCUCAAAUGCUGACUGAUAAAAUUAAAGCUGAUAAAAACCAGCGUUUUUAAUGGGCUCUGUCACUAUAAAACCAAUAUCAAACACUUUCUGUUUCAAUCCCCACUUCUCUUUCCUCAAACUCAAAGCAUCCUCUGUUUCUUUGUCCUUCAAAUCUCCUUCUCAUCCCAUAAACCCAACUCCCGUAUGUAAAAAUCGAAGCUUUACUUUGAAUCCCAUAUUGGUUAUAGUUCCAGUGUUAAACAGCAUCAAAGGCUUAGCCUUCGCACAUUCUGAGAAAUGGGUUUCACGUUUGGACGAUUACACCACAGAAUCUGAGAAAAUUUUGGAUCAAUACAAUGGGAAUUGCUUACAAAAUGGAGGUUUUGGGGUGGCUUUGUUAAGUGUAACGACGAGUGCUAAGGUUCGAAUCAGUCCAUUUGUGGCAACAUUGGCGGCGAACCCAACGUUUGUUUCCGGUUUGCUAGCAUGGUUUACUGCUCAAUCGAUGAAGAUGGUUUUGAAUUUCUUUAUAGAAAGGAAAUGGGACUUUAGGAUAUUGUUUGCUUCUGGAGGGAUGCCUUCUUCACACUCUGCUUUGUGUACUGCUUUGACAACAUCAGUGGCGAUUUGUCAUGGAAUAGCUGACUCUUUGUUUCCUGUUUGUCUGUGGUUUAGUUUGAUUGUUAUGUACGAUGCCAUUGGAGUUAGAAGGCAUGCUGGGAUGCAAGCUGCGGUUCUUAAUAUGAUUGUUGAGGACCUAUUUCAAGGGCAUCCUAUCUGUGAAAGAAAACUCAAGGAGCUUCUUGGCCACACUCCAUCGCAGGUCCUUGCUGGAGCUAUGCUUGGAAUUGUGGUAGCUUGUAUAUGCUGUCAAGGUUGCUUGGUUGCAACCUAGAACUGCUUCUGCAGGCAAGUUUUGAUCAGAUCGUUUUGGCAGUGUUUUGCUUGUUUAAAAUACUCUGGCUCGAUUGUAUGUCCUGCUGAUUUUACUGUACUCUAAUCAUCAAUAAUCAAAACAUGAAGAUGCGGCAUUUUCGUUCCCAUCUCAGUAGCUUUCCUACUUGUAACACCACUUGUACAGAUAGCCACGUCAUCAUCCAUGAGGUAUAAAAGGGUUAGGAGAAAGGCAGACUAUCUUCUCUCUACUGCACUCUUUCUUUCAUCCUUAACAUGCAUAGUCUUUCCCUAAGAUACUCCACUGACGUGAGCGUUAAAACAUGUUUUGAAACCCUAAAUCUGGUGCCCCUGACCUUCUUCUCUCUAGCAGGUCCGACAGGCUCACCUAUUAAGC